AUAUAUAUAUAAUUUAAUAUGACACACAACCGCUUAUAAAAACCCGUCACCUAUAACCCAUCCACCAGGGAAGGAAAAAAACUCAAACUUCUGUUUUGCUCUGUCUCUUCACUUUCUCUCUCCUCAUUCGUUCGUAGGCAGCCAUGGAUCUCCUCCUGCUGGAGAAGACCCUUCUGGGCCUUUUUGCAGCAGUAAUAGUCGCCAUCGUGAUCUCCAAGCUCCGCGGGAAGCGGUUCAAGCUCCCGCCUGGGCCCAUCCCCGUGCCGGUAUUCGGAAACUGGCUCCAAGUCGGCGACGACCUUAACCACCGGAACCUGACCGAUCUGGCGAAGAAAUUCGGCGACAUCUUCCUCCUCCGAAUGGGGCAGCGAAACCUCGUGAUCGUAUCAUCGCCGGAGCUUGCCAAGGAGGUGCUCCACACUCAGGGGGUCGAGUUCGGGUCGAGAACCCGAAACGUCGUGUUUGAUAUCUUCACCGGGAAGGGCCAGGAUAUGGUGUUCACGGUGUACGGUGAGCACUGGAGGAAGAUGAGGCGGAUCAUGACCGUCCCUUUCUUCACCAACAAGGUGGUCCAGCAGUACCGGUACGGGUGGGAGUCGGAGGCUGCGAGCGUGGUGGAGGACGUGAAGAAGAACCCCGAGGCGGCCAGAAACGGCAUCGUUUUGAGGAGGCGGUUGCAGCUCAUGAUGUACAACAACAUGUACAGAAUCAUGUUCGACCGAAGAUUUGACAGCGAGGAAGACCCCUUGUUUAACAAGCUCAAGGCUUUGAAUGGUGAGAGAAGUCGUUUGGCUCAGAGCUUUGAGUAUAACUAUGGAGAUUUUAUUCCAAUCUUGAGGCCUUUCCUUAGGGGAUACUUGAAGAUCUGUAAGGAAGUCAAGGAGAAUAGGCUUAAGCUCUUUAAGGAUUACUUCGUUGAUGAGAGGAAGAAGUUGUCGAGCCCGAAGAGCACGGAUAAUGAAGGAUUGAAAUGCGCGAUUGACCAUAUUUUGGAAGCUCAGCAGAAGGGAGAGAUCAACGAGGACAAUGUUCUUUACAUUGUUGAGAACAUCAACGUUGCCGCAAUUGAGACAACUCUAUGGUCAAUCGAGUGGGGCAUUGCCGAGCUAGUGAACCAUCCAGAAAUUCAAAGGAAGUUGCGUGAUGAGCUAGACACUGUCCUUGGACGAGGCGUGCAGAUCACCGAGCCAGACAUGCUCAAGCUGCCUUACCUGCAGGCCGUGAUCAAGGAAACCCUGCGGCUGCGCAUGGCCAUCCCUCUCCUUGUCCCCCACAUGAACCUCCACGACGCCAAGCUCGGCGGCUACGACAUCCCCGCAGAGAGCAAGAUCCUCGUCAACGCCUGGUGGCUCGCCAACAACCCCGCCAACUGGAAGAACCCCGAGGAGUUCCGCCCCGAGCGCUUCCUGCAGGAGGAAGCCAAGGUCGAGGCCAAUGGCAAUGACUUCCGCUACCUUCCUUUCGGCGUCGGCAGAAGGAGCUGCCCCGGAAUCAUCCUCGCCUUGCCAAUUCUCGGCAUUACUUUGGGGCGUUUGGUGCAGAAUUUUGAGCUCUUGCCGCCAGCAGGACAGUCUAAGAUUGACACAUCCGAGAAAGGUGGACAGUUCAGCUUGCACAUAUUAAAGCACUCCACCAUUGUCUUGAAGCCGAGGUCGGUUUAGAUUAUUUUACAUGUCCCAGCCGGACCUAGUUUUUGAUGUUUGUGUGGUUGUAACCAAGAAUUUCUCUCCAAGUGAAAGAAGAUAAUUUUGAGCUGAAUGUUAAAUUGAAUUAUGUGACAUACAUGUGGGCUGUGACUGUAAAUUUAUCGAACAUCAUCAAGUUUGCAAUAAGUGAUAAGUUUUUUCUUUAUUUUGUUGUUUGAA